ACAAACUAAUAUUCUGUAAGAACAACAUGCCAGAAACACGUGAAUCGAUGCAGCGCCGCUGCACAUGACUCGUACACUACAGAACCUUAGCACUGUUCAGUUAUCUCCAACUGUACACUGCUUUUGAAAAAAUCAGAGAUAACAGCACUUGCACAGCUCAACUUCUUCUCGAUAUUAGACUGUGAAAAAACGUAUCAGCGACUUCAGCCGUCUAUCCUGUAUCACAAUCAUUUGUUUUAUUGUCUCCAAACAACGCACGUUUUCUAUUCAUCUUCGACAAUCUUCUCUUCUUUUCCACUUCGAUGUUAUCAGCAAUGAAGAGCAACGGUUUCUGAAUGAACUUGAUUCGAGUUGCAGCUUCACAGAAAUUCAGACCUUUUUAUUGGCUUCGUCAACGAGAUCAUUCUCAGCUUCUACUGAAACUUAUUCAUUUUUCGUGCUUUGUCCUCAACAGAAGCUAUCAUAAGCGAAAUAAUUAAAAGCGUUUGUUCCUAUGAAUAAAAGUGGAACUGAUUCUCUUUCUGUUUCAGAUUGCACGACGUGAUCAAAACGAAGAUGUCUCAUCCACUAGAGAACGAAGAUGGCAACACAAAUGAUUCACUCUCAACUCCAUCGCCAGAUGUUAUUAUUUUACCCGAAGCACAGUUCAUUGUCGAAAAGAUUAUCGGUAAACGUCGACGUCGCGGCAUUACCGAAUAUUUUCUCAAAUGGCAAGGCUAUCCUGAGUCAGAUAACAGUUGGGAACCGGAAGGAAAUAUCCAUCCUGAUUUAAUUGAACAAUUUGAAAAGCAAGACAAUACUAAACAACAUAUCAAACCAACAGUGUCGUCGAAAAAACGGAAAGCUAAAUACGAUGAGCAAGGAAAUGUCAGCAAGAAAUUAGUGGUGACGAGUGAUGCAUCAAACAGAACGCUCAUCACAGAAUCGCAUUCAAGUAUUUAUGAUGACGGACAGUCACAAUCGCAAGAAAGAAGAGCACCAACGACACCAACAGUGUCCUCAUCAAACGAGCCAGGAGAAACAACGAA